AUGUACCAACCUCCACAACAGCAAGGUGUUUCACAAAUACCUAUAUCACCACAACAACCAAUCCAAAAACCAUUACCACAACAUUAUAUUUCAAUACAAGGUAAUCCUCAACCAAUAGGUCAACAACAACCACAACCUCAACAAAACUAUAUACAACAACCUAUUGGCGGAUUAGCACCACCGCAACAACCACAACCUCAACAACCACAGCAACUUCAACAGCCACAACAACUACAACAAACCCAACAACCAAAUCUACAACCACAACAACCAAAUCUACAACAACAGCCACAAAUACAACAACCAUCACAACCACAACAACCAGUUCAAUCACAACCACAGCCACAACAGACUCCUUCACAAUCAAGUUAUGCCCCUCAACAACAAGCACAACAAUUUCAAGAACAAGUUGAUUUUUUUUUAAAAAAAUUAGAUUUUAAUUUAACAGAUGAACAAGGAAAAAUUAUUUUAGAACAAUGCAAACAAAAGAUUAUAUCAUUUGGUAAUACAAGUAUUGCAUUCGCAUUAAAAAAUAAAUUCUUCUCGCAUUGUGCAAGCUACCAAAGUACAAUUAUUCAAUUUGUUAGACAACAAUCACUAAUUAGUAGAGAGGGUGCAUCAGCAAAACCAGUACCAGUAACAAAUUCAGUUAAAGUUACAAAAGAAUUUUUCAAAGAAAAGUUAAAUCUAUGGAAAACAAUAAUCGCAUUCUUUAGAGAGAAUCUCAAGUUUUUUAACAAAUGGAGAGAACUGGUCUAUGUUGUAAUUCAAAAUAUAAACCAAACUCAUCUAAUACCACUAGAGAUCCAAAAUGAAUUCUUCUCUGAAUCGUUUUCAUUCUUAAAAACUAUAUUUACAUAUGUUGGUGUCGAAUUUCCUCCCUAUCAAACUCUCAGAGAAGUUAAACUAUCCAACACACAUCCAAGUUUAGAGUUUCAAUCAUUUAUCGAACCAUAUUUUGGUAGAGCAGUUCGUUUAUCAACACUUUUAACACUUUCAAGUUUAUCAAGUACUGCUAGAAUUGUAGGUUCUUCAAUUUCUUGUAAUCAAGACAACAUGAUUUCCUAUACCAAUCAACUAACUGAAUCACCACCAUUCCUCACCUCAAAUAAACCUUUAAAUCAUAAAUAUGCUAUUGUAGCUCAACAUCUUUUUUCACAAAGUCUAACAUUGGAACCAAUUAAAGAGUUAUUAUUCCCACAUGUUCAAUCAAAUACUUUAAAAACAAAAAUAAUUUCCAUUAUAACCGAAGCAGCUAUUUUAAAGACUUUACAACUAUUAAACAAAUAUCCAAAACAAUCAAUUGAUAAUCAAAUUACAAGUGAUUCAUGGAAAGAGUGGAUAUUAUUUAGUGAUCAAUUUUAUUCAUUAGUCGAGGGAACAUUGAUAGAUUUAGAACAAUAUAUUGUUGGUUUGUCAGAAAAAAGAAUGAAUGAUGGUGACACAAUUAAAGAUAAUAUGGUAUUAUAUUUAUUUACAAAAAUUACAAAUAUUACUGAAGUUAAACAACUUUUUAUGCAAGAUUUACAAAUUGUAAAUGCAAAUAACUUUGGAUACUUAACACCAAUAGUACUUUCGUUUUGUAAUAAUAAUGAAGUUUAUACAGCUAGUUCUCAAAACCUUUCACUUUAUUUCUUUCUUUUAAAAAUUAGUAAAGAUAUACCCGAUGCAGAUAUUCAAAGCUAUGUUAAAAGAGUUUUAGACAAGUGUCAAUUUAAUCACGCAAUUUUUCCAUUUUAUAGAAAUUGGUGGGAUGUAGAAAGAAGCAAACAAAAGCAAGAAUUUAUAACAACAACCGAAGAUAUUAGACUUUACAGUAUCUAUUGUACCGUUAUACCAACAGAUAGCGAAGCUGAAAUUAUUAAAUAUUAUUAUUCAAACACCGAACAACAAUAUUAUUUCCCUGGUGGGAUUAAGGUCAAUGGUAAAGUUAAACCAGUUUCAAAUUUAAUUUUAUUAAAUAUGCCACAUAGAUGCAGAAAAAACCUUCUUCAAGAAUUUUCUAUGCUAUUAGAUAAAGAUGGACUAAUUCCACCUGCAUUUUUAGAAGAUUAUAACAAAUUGGUGCAUUAUACACCAAGUAGUUUAUUACAGCUUCCUUUAAGUUAUUUGAAAAGAAUUGAAAAAACAAUACCUUACCAUACAGUAUUAGAAUUAGUUAGUCAUAGAUUAUUUAAACUAUUAAAGGGAAAUAAAGAACUACCAAUAAUUUUGAAAACACUUCAAGAUGUUCAAUCACUUAAACCAAUUCAAAAUUUACAGCUAUCGAAAUCAAUUGAUUAUUUAAUUUUAAAAAUUUCAAACUCAUUUGGUAUAGAUAUUUUAAGCAAUAAAGAUUUUUUAAAAACUUUAAAUAUCGGUCCAUUGUUAAAUAGAAGAGUCAUUACAACCAUUGCAAGAUUAAUUAAAAUUAAGGGUAUAUCGGAAUAUAGUAGGGUUCAAGAUGUUCCCAUCUUUAUUGAAAAUGCUUAUAAAAACUAUCCAUAUAUGUUUUCAAAGACAUCAUUAGAAUUUUUCCCAGAUUUUAUGAAAGCAGAGUUUGAAAAAAUAAAUCAUCAACCAAUUAAACCACCAACUCUUCAAAAAAUUCAACAUGAGAAUCAACAAAAACUUUCACUUUUCUCUCAAGGCUCAAAACUAUUGGUUCAACAAAAACAAAAUAUUUUACAACAUUAUCAACAAGAAAAUAAUACAAGUUUAUUCUUUUGUCAAAUUUUUGUAUAUAUUUUAGAAGCCAAAAUUAAAAAUGAAAUUUUAAUGCCAUUGGUUCAACAACUAGUUUUUGUUCCACCAGGUAUAGGAAAUGUUCAAAUUACCAAAUUAACUGCAAUUUUUGUUGAUUUCAUUCUAGAUGAAGUUAUAGCUAAUCAUUCACAAAACAAAGCAGACUUGGUUAAAAAAGUUUCAGAAAUUUUAUGUCAAUGGAUAUUUAAAUAUAAAAUUUUUUCAUUAAACACAAUAAUUUUAUUUUUAUUAGAUAGAGAUGAUAAUAUUUAUUCAUAUCAAAUUUUAGAUUUAAUGCUAUUUAGCUCAAGUGAAAUAAAAGAAAGGGUUCAAUUCUUCGAGCAAAAACAUUUUAGAGACAAUGUGGUUUAUAAAACUGAUGAUAACUAUUUCUUAAAGAAUAUUGAAUUCAAUUCUUUAUUUAAUGAUUUAAUUCCAACUCUUACCGAUCCAACAACACACUCUGAAAUCUCAUUCCCAGGUGCCGCAUUACCAAUUUAUUACAGCAAUACUAUUUCAAGAUUUAUACCAAUAAUGGAUAUCAUGAUGAGCAAGUGCGUCGAAUUAGAUAGAAAAGAUCUAUUAGAGAAAUUAAUUGAUCAAUUCCAAGUUCCAUAUCGUUACUAUCAUGAUGAAAAAGAAACAACAAUUAAAGAACUUUUAAUUUAUUAUUUCGACUCAAAGAUGUUCCAAACCUCACCAGAUUCAAAACUAUUAUUCGUAAAAUUAUUAAACUUUGACAAUGAAACUAAAUUCACAAGCUAUUUUAAUCAAUAUUUAAAAACCCAAAAAAUUGAAGAGUUCCCAAAUAACGAUAACUAUAAAGAUUAUUUUAGAGAAUUAAUAACACCAUUAUCCGAUAUGAUUGACCUCUCAAAUCCAAAUGUGUUUAAUUCGUUGUCUUUAAAACUCGAACAAUUAUUUUUACAGGAAUACCCAAAUCAGAUUGAAAAUAAAUUAAGCUCAAUAAUUAUGGAAAUAUUGUUACUACCAAUCAAUCCAAAUGACUCAGUAUUGGGAAUAACUAGUUUAUUGGACUAUUAUACAAAUAUUAAAACAAACUUCCCAAAUAGAAAAGAGCCACCUUCCUCAUCAAUGGUCCUAUCAUUAUCAAUAAUCUUUGCAAUUUUACCCCCAUCUUUCCAUAAUUAUUUGAUUCCUAAAAUUACUCAAGAUUUAAUUACUGAAAUUGAUUUAUUAAAAUUAAAUCCACCAAUAAUGAAAAAUCAAUAUCUAUAUGGCAACUACUCAACAAAUGUUCAAGAAAAGAUGACAGUACCAUUAGAAUGGUAUAUCUAUUUUAUCCAAUUUUACUUUUUAUAUUGUCCAUUAGAGAGAUUAUUAACAUUCAAAGAUAUAAUAGCAAAUGCCAAAAGUGAAGUUAAGACCGUAUCUCAGUACUAUGUCUUGCUAUCAAUAUUCGCUCCAUUAUUACCAAGAUAUGGGGCUCAAACAAACCAUUUAACUUCAAUUGUUAGAGAAAUACUAUCGCCAUUAAAUGAUGCAGAUGUUUCAAAUGAUAUAGAAUCAAAACUUUUACAAAUGGAUACAAAUUGGUUAACAAACGAAAAUGAUAUAGAUAUCGAUUUUAUGAACUUGGAUGACUAUUAUGACGAUGACGAUGAUAUUUUUAGUGACAAUAACACAAGCAACACCAAUAAUGACGAAAUGGACUUUACACAGGGCAUUGGACAUCAUGAUAGUACAAAUAUCUUUAGCAACCACAGAAAUGACGAUAUCAUGAACGAUAACAAUAGCACCGACGAAAAUAGUAGCUUUUUAAACAAAGAACAAAAGAAAAUUCUAUUAAAGAACGACUUAGAAAUUAUAGAAACCAUUACCGAUUGGAUCUACCAUUUGAAAUCACUUGUUCCUUUCUCUCCAUUCCGUGAAGAACUUUAUAGAACUGUCAAGGAAUUUAAACCCAAUUUCAAGAAAAACUUUAAAACUUUUUAA